AUGUGCGCUAAUGAGGCUACAGUGAUGGGCACUGAUAGGCUGCACUGAUGGGCACUGAUAGGCGAGACUGAUGAGGAGGCACUGAUAGGGGCGGACUGACAACUCAUGGGGCCCCCGGCAAUAGGGGAUCAUGGGGCCCCUGUGUCCUUGCCCAAACUCAAAAAAGCCUAUGAAAAAGGUACCAGGGGCAUCUCAUGGGGCCCCCUACUGACCCCCGGGCCCUCGGGCAGUGUCUGAGUUUCCAAAUGGUCAGUCCGUCCCUG